UGUCGUCUAUAGUGAGUGUGGUGUGAGGGGUCGUGUGGAGGUGGUCAUGGAAUUAUUACUCUAGUGCUUAGAACAGGCAAGAUGACUUCUAUGAAGAAGAUACCUAAUGUGCUGGGAGCGAGGAGAAGCAACACCCUGGACCAGGAGAGGGACCAGUUUGAGAGAACACAGGAAGCCAGUUUUCGUAAAGCCGUUAAUGAUGAAGAAGUUCCAGUUAAAACAAAGCACGUGCGAAAUCUCAUCAUUGGCACAUUCACUGACAAGAAUACCGACCUCUUCUGGAGGAACGUUGCAGUGUGUCCUCCAAUUAGCACAGAUGUUACUGGCUGGAAAUUCUGCCAUUGCCUUCAUGUUGUCUUACGUGAUGGACACCCAAAUGUGCUUCGGGAUUCUCAACGCCAUAUUAAUCGGAUCAAAGACACAGGACAGCAUUUCAGGCACCUUGAGCAUGGUUAUGGACGACUGAUUAAUCGAUACUGUGAAUUACUGAUUGCAAAGUUAAAGUUCCAUCAACAUUAUCCUCGAUUUCCGGGUUCAUUGUCUGUGACACCAGAAGAAUUGGAAGCCCUGGCAGAAAAUGAUGCCAAUAAUUAUUUUGAGUUGGCAGUUGAAAUGUUGGAGUACAUGGAAUGCAUCUUAAAUCUGUAUGAAGCAGUGUUCUCUUCACUGGAUCCAUCAAGAGCUAAUUCCAUGACACGUUCUGGCCAGUGUCGCUUAGCUCCAUUGAUCCCCUGUAUUCAAGACUCUUCAUGCCUUUAUGACUGUACUGUCAGGAUCUUGUUUCAACUUCACAAGGCACUUCCUACGGACAUGCUAAGUGGCCAUCGCUCAAGGUUCUAUAAACAGUUUAAGCAGCUGCAGCAGUUCUACAAUAAUACUCGGAAUCUUCAAUAUUUCAAGGGGCUGAUUCAAGUGCCAGCUUUGCCACAGGAUGCUCCAAACUUCCUUAUAGAAGCUGAAUUGCGGAGUCACGAAACUCCAGUGGUGGUCGUAGAGGAGCAACAUGAAGCAGCCGAUACAUCAGACUCUCUUCUUAUUGAUACAUCAGAGCCUGAGCCACCACCUAUACCACCACAUCCUGACCUUAUUGACAAUCAUAAUGGGUCUCUGGCUGAGGUAGUAGCAGAGCGGGAGUCACUCAUAGAAGCUCUUCAUGCGGAGUUGGAGGCCAUGCGUAUUGAGGUACAGCGAUCACGCUCCCAUGCUACACACAAUGAAGAACAACUUAGACUUCGUAUUAAUGAUCUUGAAUCAACAAUUGCUGAACUGGACAGUGAGCUUCUGGCCGAGAAACAAAGCAAGGAAUCUAUCAUGGCGCAAGUAGAAGCAGCAGCAGCAAGUGCAGAAGCAGUAACAAGAGUAGCUGAUGAGGAAACAAGGAGACGUUCUGCAGAAGAAAAAUUUCUUAAGAUGAAAGACGUGUACCAGAAGCUGCGUGACGAGCACAUACAUCUCAUCAGAGGGAAAGCAGAGCUAGACAAGCAACUUUCCAUGGAGCAGGAAGCGCAUGCAUCCACCCAGCGGUCAAAAGAUGAACUUGCUGCUGCCCUAAACAGACUACAGUCUCAAGUGACACAAGAUUCAGAGGCUCAUCGCAGUGUAACUCGUAUAGCUGAGCAGGAGAGAGAAAUGUUAAAUAAAAAAAUAUUUGAAUUGACUACUGAAAGGGAUAAACUGGCAGGCCAGGUGAGAGAUCUUCGGGAUAAUAUAUCACAUCUUAACACUGAAAUGGAGAGUCAAGCUCAACAAGCUACAUACCAGGUGACAGUUGUCCAGAAUAGCUGGGAAGGUGGUGUUCACAAGUGUGUUGAAGGAGCUGUAGAUGGAGCAUUGAUUGUGGUCUCACAUGCUCUCUCCCACUUUGAUCUUGAGACUCAUGCAGAUAUCAAGUGUACACCAGAAUACACUCUGGCAUACCAUGCAUUGGUGGUAGAUUCUCUGACAAAGCUUUGGAGUUCAUACGAAUCGUAUAUCAGCAGUUUCCAUGCAGCCCCAUACCUCAUCACCAGCAUCUCCUCAACUGCUCAUUACAUUGCUACUUUUCUACUUUAUGCAAAGGCCACCUCACAUGCCAGCCCAAAUAUUGAACAUGCAGAAAAUCUUGUUGCUUCUCUGGAGCAAUUUGCCAAGGAAUGUAUUGAUAGCCUUGGAAGGAUGCGUACAAAACAAGCUCUAGCGGAUAUCUUAACAACCAAGGAAAGGUUUGAGAGGUGCUGUUCACUGGUUUCCUUGUGUGAAGAUCAUAGCCCUGGAAUAGAAGAUAUGGCUUCCGUAGUACAGCGAGAAAUGGAGAAUAUGGAUACUGCCAUUAGGGAUGCUGUUGAAAAGUUCACUGCCAUGUUAGAAAAUUCUCGAGCUAAAGAUACAGGCACACAGCUAGAGAUUAAGUUAGGAAAGGUAAAUGAAAGCAUUCUUGGAACCUGCAGCGACUUGAUGGCAGCAGUUAGAUUAUUAGUUCAAAGGGCGGCAGAGCUUCAGAAAGAAAUAGUGGAUGCAGGGAAAGGAGGAGCUUCCCCUCGAGAGUUUUACAAACGCAAUCAUCGCUGGACGGAGGGUCUACUCUCGGGUGCAAAAACCGUUGCUAUUGCUUGCCAAGCUCUCAUGACAGCAGCUGAUCAAGUUGUGAGUGGUAAAGGCAAGUUUGAAGAAGUGAUUGUAGCUUCACGGGAGAUUGCUGCUUCCUCCAUGCAAUUGGUGAUGGCUUCUAGAGUGAAAGCUGACAAGUCUAGUGUCAAGCUGGGUAACCUUAAUGCCACAGCCAAGACGAUAUCAAGAUUGACAGGUACUGUUGUUGCAACCGCAGAAAAUUGCCGGGAUAAAGUAGCAAUUGCUGGUACCUUAGACUUUUCAAAGCUGAGUUUGCACUAUACUAAGAGGAUGGAGAUGGAAACUCUUGUUAAGGUCUUAGAAACAGAGAAGCAGCUCGAUACAGAACGCUCCAAACUUUCUGAGCUACGUAAACAUCACUAUCGCCUUGCUGGAGAAAUAGAAGGCUGGGAAGCAGCAGAAAUGAGCUGAGUGCACCUAUAAUAUCUAUCCAGUGUUGCUGUGGAUAGGCCACAAGUAUCCUUCACCUUAUAUUAUGAAUUCAGACAAUUUAAUAUUGAAUACACACUUAGCACAUGCUGUGUAACUAAAUACUGUAUACCUAUCUUAAUGUUGUAAGUUUUUCACCUGUCUGCUGGGCCCAUAUUUUACUUAGUUUUUUUCUCUCUAAUUUAUUAUCUCCAUGUGUUUAAAAAGUAUCAGAUAACUUUAUAAAUAUACAUCUUUUUUAUUUUCUCCAUCACAUUCCAUCUACAUCUGAAUCUCAUUGUGCCAGCUGCAGUUCAUUAAAAUUAUAUACUUUUACAUUUCAAUGUGUAUUUUCUCAAGCAACACAACUUGUUUACAGUCAUUUCUUAUAUAUUCCCUUAAUGCUGUUUGCUCUUACAGUUGUUCUUUUCAGAGAAAAUUAAAGUAGACUUUGUCAUGCAUUGUGCAACUACUGCAGUGUAUGUUUACUUAGCUUCCAUGUACAGUGCCUCAUUAGAGGUAUACUGCAUAAUUUGGGAAAAGAGAAAACAAAGACGUGACUGCACUUAGGAUCAGAAAUCUUCGAAAUUUCAAGGAGUUGAAAAGCUUGAACUUUAGUGAGUUCCAUGACUACCUAGUAGGAAAAAUAAUAACUUCUUGUAUCGCACUUUGAUUAGCAAGCAAAACAUUUUUGAAUAAUACAUUCAUAUGCCUUCUAUUCUUUCCAUAAUUGUUCGUUCAAUAGUACCUCCUCACCUUUAAUUCUUGAUAAGUGAGACACGUGUGCAACAUUUAGGUAUCUUUAUUCAGAAAGAUUUUGCCUACACAAUAGACUUCUCUACUCGAAUACAGAGGCAGCAGAAGAAGUAGAGUUGUAUAGACAAUGUAAUCAGUUCGUCACCCCGGAAGACAAUAGUUUUGAGGUGAUCAGUCCUUCAACCUGGAGAAGAGUUUUACUCCAAAGACUGGAACAAUAAGUAGGCAAAACAUUUCAGAAUAAAGAUACCUAAUUGUUGCACAUGUCUUACUUACCAAUUUGUUGGUAUUGUAUUCCAUCAUAUCACCUCUAAUUCUUACUUAGAUACUUUUUUUUUUACGAACUUAACAAAUUUAAAUACUUCUGACCUAGAACUUAUAAUUUUGUUUCAUUUAUUACAUCUACAAGGUGCAGAGCAUAAUUUCUUUAUUACACAUAAUGGGUAUCAUAUUCAGGAUGAAAAGUUUGUACGAUAAUCACAUUAAACAGUAUGUACAGGAGCCCCUAGUACACUGGCACAGCUAUGAAUUCAUGUAUUAAGUUAAAUAUGAAGACCACAUCUGUUUUAU